ACGGACGGACGGACGGACGUGGGGAAGCGCCGUGUCCCGCUCCACGGGGGAGCGUGGCCACGCGUGGGGCGGGGGCGGCGCGGGAGGGCGAGCUCGCCCGUAGCCGGGGCGGGGAGAGGCGGCUGCCGGCGCCCGGGAGAGCCCUUGCUCGGCGGACGAGAGCCGCGGCGGCCGCCGGACCAUGCCGGGGGUGCGGGGCCGCCUCCCGCUCCUGCUCCCGCUCCUGCUGCUGCUGCUCCCGGCAGCGCCGGCGCCCCAGAGCUGCCUCAGCCGGCAGCAGCUCCUGGCCGUCAUCCGGCAGAUGCAGCAGCUGCUGAAGGGGCAGGAGACGCACUUUGCCGAGGGCGUCCGUGUGAUGAAGAGCCGGCUGAGCACCCUGCACGCCUCCCUGGCCAAAGCCGCCCCCGAGCCGCCGGCCGCCUCCUGCCCUGCCCUGCAAGCCCCCGCGGACGGGAGGAAGUUUGGCACCAAGUAUUUGGUGGAGCACGAGGUUCACUUCACCUGCGACCCGGGCUUCCAGCUCCUGGGCUCCAGCACGCGGACGUGCCAGGCCAACGGCAGCUGGACCGGGCAGGAGCCGCGCUGCGCAGAGAUCAGCGAGUGCUCGAGCAGCCCCUGCCAGAACGGCGGGACGUGCCUGGAGGGGCUGAACCAGUACAAGUGCCUCUGCCCCCAGCAAUGGACUGGGGCCGCCUGCCAGUACCAGGCGCAGACGGCUCCUCCCGCCUGGAGCGUCACGGAUGACCCGGCCUUCAGCCGCCAGCCCCGCUGCGCCCAGAUCGACCGGACCCAGCACUGCAGCUGCGAGCCCGGCUUCCACAUGAGCGGCACGGCCGCCAACGGCCUCUGCCAGGACCUCAACGAGUGCGAGGUGUACAAGCGGGAGGGGGGUCCCCGGCUCUGCGCCCACGCCUGCAUCAACCUCCCCGGCUCCUACCGCUGCGCCUGCCCCGCCGGGUACAUCCUCCUGGGCGACGGCAAGAGCUGCGAAGACAUCGACGAGUGCGCCCUGUCCCAGGAUAACUGCACGAGGGGGACCACCUGCAUCAACACGGGGGGGGGCUUCCAGUGCGUCAGCCCCCGGUGCCCCCAGCCCGCCGGCAACGUCACCUACGUCAAAACAUCACCCUUCCAGUGCGAGCGCAACCCCUGCCCGAUGGAGAGCCGGUCGUGCCACCAAGCACCCAAAACCAUCUCCUUCCACUACCUUCCCCUGCCGUCCAACCUGCUGACUCCCACCCCGCUCUUCCGCAUGGCCACGGCAGCGGCGCCCGGCCGGCCGGGACCCGACAGCCUGCGCUUCGGCAUCGUGGGCGGCAACAACCGCGGUUACUUCGUGAUGCAGCGCUCCGACCGGCAGACCGGGGAGCUCAUCCUGGUGCAGAGCCUCAAGGGGCCCCAGACCAUCCAGGUGGACGUGGACAUGUCCGAGUACCUCGACCGUGUCUUCCAAGCCAAGCACGUGUCCAAAAUCACCGUCUUCGUCUCUGCCUACGAGUUUUAGGGGCGGCGGCGGCAACCGGGGCGGCUUCCCUGACGGCGACGGUCCCUGCUCAGCAUCCGCCACCCAAAAGCACUAGCCCUGGAGGCAGGCGUGUAACGGGAGCUCCAGGUGACAUCCCACAGCGCAGCCCCUCUGCAGCCAACCGUCCUCCCCUCUGCGCUAAGGUUAUUCUGCCCAGGCGGCUUUUGCACCCACCUACGUCGGGAAUAGAAAGAGCAAAUGCGGUGCAAAAGAAACCAGGUGCAGGGGUUACCUGCUCACCGGGGCACGGGAGCAGAGCAUCGCCCUCACCCGAGGCUCUGGAAGGACGAUGCCCCGCAUCGGCACCCCCACAGCACAGAAAACAGUGGAUAGAAACCACAGCUCUUAUUUCCUUUUUAAUUCUUUUUUUUUUUUUUACUUAGGAAAGAAGUUAAGCUGGUGCAUGCAGGAGGAGGGAGGCUCAGAGCAGCCACUGCUCUCCUCCCAGUGGCCCAGGCUUGCUUGUGCUGACCCCAGCCCUGUAAAAAUAUGCCUCUGCUCCCCUUGGGGUGCCACAAAAACCCACAGUAGCCUGUGGGGAGUGGGCUGGUUUGGCAUCUUAAUCCCCUGGGAUUGACUGGGCUCGGAAAAAUCCCUGAAUAUCCAUCCCUAUGAGCCCUGGCUGGCUCUCAGCGCCCUCCUUGGCAAGAGCGACGGUGCUGCUGGGCGAAGGAGUCGUCCCAGGGCUCUGCAGAUGAGCGCUGGCGAUGGGCUGGGGCCGUGCCGUGCUUCAGCCCAUGGGCAGCAGCUCCUUACACCUCCCGAACUGGGUUGUGCACAUGCAUCCCCCCCCCAGAGCCACGCCGUGACCUCGGGGAGGGCUUCGGCUGCGCUUGGUGCUCGCGUCGAGGGAGCUCGAGGUGUGAAUAUUUCCAUUUUCAAUCAGCGGCAGCCCCCGCCCCGCUGCGCGUAAGCAGUGCCAGGAAUAGCUGGGGUUCGGCUGUAACGCGUGCCCGAGGAGGGGGACACCUCCCCGGCCGUCCCUUCCCCCUCGGUACCUGUUCCUCGGUGCAGCGCUUGUGCAUGUUAACCACAAAACCUCGACGUUAUGCAUGUUUCUUCAUUAUGCUGGUUUUAGUACCAUUAAACGAUGAUUUAGCCUCUGA